CUGGACAUGAUGUGGAAUAAUCUAGACCUCACUUCCCAGCUCCAAACAGCACUUCAGUGAAUCUAAAACCUCGGACAUGGAUGACCAUCGACAAAAUGGCUCCACACAUACUCCUUCAACAACAUUCAAGCAACGGUGACAAUCUGGAAUAGUAGGGUAGCUGUAACACUGGACAAGAGGAAUUUGGCUUUAUUCUUGUAGUAAACCAUUGCUCUUAAAAGUUUACGCACAUAGGCAAAUCGAAAACAGCAGAAAUGAUGGACAAACUGAAACCAGAGAAGAGGCCGCGCACUCCGUCGGACGAGAAGGAGUUAUCAUGGCACGACAGCCCAACUUCCACAAUGGGUCGUGUCAGCGCUGAGGGGCUGGCGGGUGAGACACAGGAAAACACGACGGCAGCUUCGGUGGAAUCUGCUGUGAGUGAGCGGAAAGGGGAAUAUGUCCCCGGGGAGCACUGCAACGGGACUGUCAUCAUUAAUGGCGUUACCAAGGAAACGGCUUACCACGCCAGCGACCUAAAAAAGGAAGUGCCGGUUAUCGAAUUGGCCAGGAGAGGAGGGAGUGCAGAUAUAAAAGCCAGGGAGCAGACGGCACACAGCAUCCAUAAGGUGCAGACCACCGAGCUGUGCAGACCACCGAUACCUCUGCCUUUACCGCCCCGGGACCCUCUGAGCGACACUCGAAUGGUGCAGUUGAGUCCACCCGCGUUCCCUCUCCCUGCACGAGCAAUGCUGUACAGUAAUCUUGCGCAACCGCUCGCCACCAUGAACAGUGGCUACAGUGGCGAACCGGAACAGUACGGCAUGUACCCCAGCAACAGGAUGAAACGUCGACCUGCUCCAUAUGAGGUUGAAAUCAACGACGGCUCGCAGCCCAAAAUCGUGCGUCGGAUCUUCACCAACAGCCGCGAACGCUGGCGACAGCAGAAUGUGAACGGGGCGUUCGCCGAGCUCCGCAAGCUCAUCCCAACCCACCCUCCGGACAAGAAGCUCAGCAAGAACGAGAUCCUCCGAUUGGCUAUGAAGUACAUCAACUUCCUGGCCAAGCUGCUGAGCGACCAGGAUGAUGUGCUGGGGGGCGUGGACGGCCCGCCGGGGCCCCGGGUCCUCGAGGGCCGGGACGAGAUGCUCCAGGGCAUGCUGUCCCCCGACUCUAGCUGUGGGAGCCUGCUGGAUGGGGACGCCAGUCCGGAUAGUUUCACCGAGGACCAUGACUCGUCUGUGGAGACUCACCUGCCCGCCGCCAGAGGCCUCCACAAUCCCUCCAGAAUACACCUGGAAGGAGGCAACCAGAGAUGAUCCGCCAUUUUGGAUCUGGAGAGGACAAAGGCCGGGGAGAAGAGGACAAGUGGAGGAGGGCUCGGCUGGACUACUGUUGUGAGGGUUUGGUAUUUGGAAGUGGAUGAACAUCCACAGUUUUGCAAAUUCUCUGAGUUUGAUGGCUGUUUUGAGGCCAGAGGAGAGAUUGUUCUCUGUUGCUUGUCUCUGCUGCUGUUGUAAGUAGCUGAUGGAUUGUGAUUUGUGGAAGUCACACCUGAAAGAACAAAAAAGGAUUUCAGAAAAUGUUUAAAUGGAGAUGUGCAUAAAGAGAAAAUAUUAUAUUUCGAAAAAGGCAUGGGGUACAGUAUGGUGCCUUGCCAUACAACAAUAUUGUAUUAUUUAAGGUACACUGCCCUGAUUUAAGAACAAACUUUUUGCUCAAAUGUAAACUGUUCGGUUUUCUCCUUUGUCACCUCAAAUCUUACGUGGUUGUCCAUUUAAUUCAUUGAAUGUUGGGCCAGAAACAAUAAUAUUGAUCAAAAAUGAUGUUAUACCUUCAGAGAGCAGCAGUUAGAUAACUGGUAGAUAACUGGUAGAAGACCUCCAUAUGACUGUUUCUGCUGUGAGAGUUAAAGGCAUUUGAACAUUUGAAAGUGUACAAGGUAAUGUGAUAUUCACAGAGACUGUAUGGUUAUUACAAUAAUAGUAUGUCUCGUUUAGGAAAAUGUUCAUGUAAAAGGCACACACACAAUAAUAUUUGUCUGUUUAGACAUUAAGUGAGAGUUGCUUGCAAUAGAAAAGGUACAAGUAUUCUACCCCAUGUGUACAUACACAACAGUCCUGUAAAUCUCAAAUGGAACAAACGUUAAUUUUGUACUUCUUUUCUCGACGUGUGACUAAGGUACAUAGAUUACUAUGUUUUCUUCUUUUAUUGUUUCCUCAUCUCUAGAUUCUAGAAUUAUAUUAAAUUGUAUAAGUGUUUUAUCACUGUAUGAACACGAUGGAAUUCUGCUUCCUCAGCAGAAUAUUGAGUAACCACAAUUGGUACCUUUAAUUCUUGUAUGUCAUCAAAAACAUUUUAUUAUUUUAUUGUGAUGAUUGGUAGAUAAAUCUUUGUUUCGGUGAUGAAUAUAUCUAUAAAUACUUGCAGCAUUAUAUCACAGAUUUUUUAAAUAAAAUCACUAAAUAAAAAGAAUGAAAACUAUU